UCUCCAAAAGAAAUAUCUAAUAAGCCUACAAAUCAACUGCCAACCAACAAGUCCAAAACGUCGAACGUAAUCGGCUCGACUAUGAAAUCAAGGAGCACACAAAAAAACAAUUUAACAUCUUCAACUUCGACUACAUGGCUGAUAGAAAAGUCCAACAAUAGGACAAGCCCAAAACCAGAGAGUCAGAACUCGGCAACGAAAGAAGCAGAGAAAACAACUGCUACGCACAGCAUUACAUCAAGAGAAAAGCGUUCUACUGCGACAUACUAUAGCACAGCAACAGAACACACCUCAAGUACACCACCAAGUAGUGUUCCCAUAACCGAAAGCUCAAAUAUCAUAACAAGAAUUUCAACAACAGAAGACACUUCUCAUGUCACAACGACUACUAAUCCGAUAGCUAAGCAAGAAAUCACAAGACCAACGAUAUUUACCACAAGCUCGCCUACAGUAUAUAAUGCCGCACAAUCCAACGACGGCUCAACCAUUCUUACAGAAAACAAAAGCAGUACAAGCGAAAAAAAUAGAGGCUCGCAGAGUUCGGAUGAGUCAAAUAUAGCACCAAAGACUACAACACUCCACCCAGCCACUCAAGAAAUGACAACUAAAUCCACGGGCGACCAAAAACACACUACAACGACAACAACAUCUCGCAUAAGCAAACCAGUGGCAUCUGUUACAGUACAAACGAACAGCACCUCCAGUCCGGACACAAGAAGUUCUACCGUCGGAGCUUCUACACAUUUUCAAAACAUAACUACGGCGAGAGAAAGCACCUCCGUGAAAGAAACAACACAUGCAAAUAGCCAAGACAUCAAUGAUGAGACAGUAGGCGGUUCUAUCACUCCAUCUCUUAGAACAAAAAAACAAGAAAGUACAACUUCAGAGUCUAAAGACUCUCGCAGAACCAUGAGCUCCACUGCAACGAUAAGCAGCGAUACCGCCAAACUGACCACUGCUCAAACCACCAGUAAUGAUACAAGUCAGCGAAAGACCACAACGACAACAACAGAAAUUACCAUAACCACGACUCCAGCAUCUUUCACUAUUCCAUUCCACAGUACCUCAGGUACAAUUAGAAGCAACUUUACAAAAAAAACUUCGUCUGAUCGGGUGCGCCUAACUACGAAGAAGGAACGCACGUCUACAAUAGGCAAAGCAAAAACAGAUGCGCGAGAAUACAAAAAUGGGAGUGCCGAGGGUUCCUUCACUGGCUCUGUUGCUGACGAAACUGAAAGUAAAUCUACUAUAACACCAAGCGGAUCUCAUCGAGCAGACAACUCCAGUAAUGCGUCAGAGCAAACAACACUUAAACCCACUACGCCAGAAACAAAUAAAGUUACGCACAAGCAAACAACCACUACGACCACAACAUCUCGCCGAAGCAUGACAACGCCAUCUGCAACAGCACAAAAGAACAGCACCUCAACUGCGGUGAUGAGCAGUUCCACGGUCGCAGCUUCCAACAACUUUCAAAACAUAACUAUUGCGAGCGAACAUACCUCCACGAAAAGAAAAGAAAAGGAAAAUAGUCAAACCAUCAAUACUAAGACACUAGGCGGUUCCAGCACUCGCUCACUUACAUCCGGAAAAGAAGAAGCCACACGUUCAGCGUCUAACGACUCUCGCGGAACCAAGAGCUCUACUGAAGCCAUCAGCAGCGAUACCACAAAACUGACCACUGCCGAAACCACCAGUAAUGAUAUAAGUCCGCAAAAUACCAUGACGACUACAACAACUACUAUAACCACGACUACUUCUUUUACUAUGGCAUCUAACAGUACUUCAGGUGCAGUUAGAAGCAGCUCUACAGCAGGAACUUCUUCUGACCACGUAAGCUUAACUACGAUGAACGAACGUAGGUCUACGAUAAGCACAGCAAAAACUGAUGCUCCAGAAUUCAAAAAUGGGACGGCCGACGGUUCUUUAACCCCCCAUGUUGCUCACGAAACACCAGAGAAAGCUACACUGCCACCUAGCGGAUCUCACCGAGCAGACAACUCCAGUAAAGCGUCAGAGCCUACAACAGUUAAACCCACCACACCAGAAACAACCACUACGAGCACAACAACCUCUCGCGCAAGCAUGACAACGCCUUCCUCUGCAGCACAGAACAACAGCACCUCAAGUGCGGCUAUAAGCAGUUCUACGAUCGGAGCUUCCACAAAAUUUGCAAACAUAACUACUCUGGGCGAAGGUAUCUCCACGAAUGGAGCAGAAAAUGCAAAUUUUCAAGAUAACAAUAAUGUGACAGUAGGCGGUUCUAGUACUCGUUCUCUUGCAUCCGGAACAGGAGAAAGUGCAAGUUCGGCGUCAGAAGACUCUCCCCGAACCAUGACCUCCACAGAAGCGAUCAGAAACGAUACCGAAAAACUUACCACUGCAGAAACCACCAGUAAUGAUACAAAAGAAAGUACAAGUUCGGCGUCAGAAGACUCUCGCCGCACCAUGAGCUCCACUGAAGCGAUCAGAAACGAUACCGAAAAACUUAACACUGCUGAAGCCACCAGUAAUGGUACAAGUCAGCAAAAGACCACAACGACUACAACAACCACUACAAGGACGACUACAACCACACCAGAAACAACUAAACUUACGCACCAGCAAACAACCACUACGACCACAACCUCUCGCGCAAGCAUGACAACGCCUUCCUCUGCAGCACAAAACAACAGCACCUCAAAAGAAAGUACUAGUUCGGCGUCAGAAGACUCUCGCCGAACCAUGAGCUCCACUGAAGCGAUCGGAAACGAUACCGAAAAACUUACCACUGCUGAAGCAACCAGUAAUGAUACAAAAACAACUAAACUUGCGCACAAGCAAACAACCACUACGACAACAACAACCUCUCGCGCAAGCAUGACAACGCCUUCCUCUGCAGCACAAAACAACAGCACCUCAACCACCAGUAAUGAUACAAGUCAGCAAAAGACCACAACGACUACAACAACUACUAUAACGACGAGUACAACAUAUUUUACUACGCCAUCUAACAGUACUUCAGAAACAACUAAAGUUACGCACAAGCAAACAACCACUACGACAACAACAACCUCUCGCGCAAGCAUGACAACGCCUUCCUCUGCAGCACAAAACAACAGCACCUCAAGGGCGGCUAUAAGCAGUUCGGCGAUCGGAGCGUCCACAAAAUUUGAAAACAUAACUACUCUGGGCGAACAAGAAAGUACAAGUUCGGCGUCAGAAGACUCUCGCCGAACCAUGAGCUCCACUGAAGCGAUCAGAAACGAUACCGAAAAACUUACAACUGCUGAAACCACCAGUAAUGAUACAACAAACAACCACUACGACCACAACAACCUCUCGCGCAAAGAUGACAACGCCUUCCUCUGCAGCCCAAAACAACAGCACCUCAAGUGCGGCUAUAAGCAGUUCGGCAAUCGGAGCGUCCACAAAAUUUGA